ACACAUGCACACGCACCGGCGUGAAAUCCAACUACUCAACUCGAAAGCUAGCGGUAGAAUCAACCCAAGCCACCCUUUCAUACACAAAGCAAUUAUCGGGGGACAUUAAAGGCAUGGGGUGACGGAGCCUGCAGCGUACCUACGCAGUUUUCAAAGUGGACCGAGCUUGAAGCCAUUCCUUGUAUUUAAAGGUAUCCGGAUAUCCAGUGACCCAGUGUAGACCGUUCUACGGACAUUUCCUUGCCGUUUCUCGAGUGAUAUUUUGUUUUUGGCACAAUGGGGUGCUGCAGCGGCCGAUGCACGCUCAUCUUUCUUUGCUCGAUUCAGCUGAUGGUGGCGUUGGAGAGGCAGGUUUUUGACUUCCUGGGAUACCAAUGGGCGCCCAUUCUGGCCAACUUCUUCCACAUCAUCAUUGUCAUCCUCGGCUUCUUCGGCACUAUACAGUACCGACCACGCUACAUUGUAGUGUACACAGUGUGGUCAGCUCUCUGGGUGGCCUGGAAUCUCUUCAUCGUCUGUUUCUACCUGGAUGUGGGAGGCCUGACCAAGGAAAGUGACCUGCUGACGUUUGACAUCUCGGCUCACCACUCGUGGUGGAGGGAGCACGGUCCAGGGUGUGUGAGGAGAGAGAUGACCCAGCCAGGGGUGGGCACCGUGGACAGCCAGUCUUACAUCUCUGUCAUGGGCUGUCUCAUAGAGUACCAGUACAUAGAGGUCCUACACAGUGCAACACAGAUCCUCAUCGCUCUCCUGGGCUUCGUGUACGCCUGCUACGUCAUUAGCGCCAUCGCUGAGGAGGAAGACAGCUUUGAUUUUGUUGGUGGAUUUGACCCCUUCCCUCUCUACCAUGUCAAUGAGAAACCAUCCCAUCUCCUCUUAAAGCCCAUGUACCCGUCUACGUAAAUAGGGCAGAAGGCAACAUUGCAGGUUCCGAUGGAAACAAAGUGGCUGCUCUGACUGACACAACAACCAUCCGAGAAUUCACUGGGGCAGGCCAGACAUUCCUCUGGUUCUCUACAUCUCUUCAGUCCUUCAAACAUGUAAAUUACUGGUGCUCUGCUUAAUGAUGACUGUUCUUCCCAGUUCUGUUGUUAAUGGGAGGGAAGGAGAGGGUAGGGUUGGGGGAUGGGGAGGGGAUAAUUACAGUGUAACAUGGGCCUGAUCUCUUACUGUGUACUCAAAUAUACAUUAUUUAUCUAGAACUACAAACGGCAUCCGACAACAGAGACGUACAGUACCUGCUGUCAAUGGCUGUAUUUCUGUCCAUUGUUCAAUCAGAACUAGUGAUCUAUCUAUAGAUCAUAACUAUAUAUACAGUACCAGUCAAAAGUUUGGACACACCUACUUUUCUUUAUUACUAUUUUCUACAUUGCAGCAUAAAAGUGAAACCACGCUACGCUUUGAAAUAACACAUAUGGAAUAAAUUAGUAGCCACCCUUUGCCUUGAUGACAGCUUUGCACACUCUCACAUUCUCUCAACCAGCUUCACCUGGAAUGCUUUUCUAACAGUCUUGAACGAGUUCCCACAUGCUGAGCACUUGUUGGCUGCUUUUCCUUCACUCUGCAGUCCAACUCAUGCCAAACCAUCUCAAUUGGGUUGAGGUCAGGUGAUUGUGGUGGCCAAGGCAUCUGAUGCAGCACUCCAUCACUCUGCUUCUUGGUAAAAUAGCCCUUACACAGCCUGGAGGUGUGUUGGGUCAUUGUCCUGUUGAAAAAACAAAUAUAGUCCCAAUAAGCUUAAACCAGAUGGGAUGACGUAUUGCUGCAGAAUGCUGUGGUAGCCAUGCUGGUAAAAAGAGUGCCUUGAAUUCUAAAUGACUCACUGACAGUGUCACCAGCAAAGCACCCCCACACCUCCUCCUCCAUGCUUCACGGUGGGAACCACACGUGGAGAUAUUCCAUUCACCUACUCUGCAUCUCACAAAGACACGGCGGUUGGAACCAAAAAUCUCUAAUUUGAUCUCAUCAGACCACCGGUCUAAUGUUGAUUACUCGUGAUUCUUGGCCCAAGCAAGUCUCUUCUUAUUAUUGGUGUCUUUUAGUAGUGGUUUAUUUGUAGCAAUUCGACCAUGAAUGCCUGAUUCACCCAGUCUCCUCUGAACAGUUGAUGUUGAGAUGUGUCUGUUACUUGAACUCUGUGAAGCAUUUAUUUGGGCUGCAAUUUCUGAGGCAGUUAACUCUAAUGAACUUAUCCUCUGCAGUAGAGGUAACUCUGGGUCUUACUUUCCUGUGGCGGUCCUCAUGAGAGCCAGUUUUAACAUAUUGCUCUAUGGUUUUUGCGACUGCACUUGAAGAAUCUUUAAAAGUUAUUGAAUUUUUCCAGAUUGACUGACCUUCAUGUCUUAAAGGAAUGAUGGACUGUCGUUUCUCUUUGCUUAUUUGAGCUGUUCUUGCCAUAAUAUGGACUUGGUCUUUUACCAAAUAGGGCUAUCUUCUGUAUACCACACAACUGAUUGGCUCAAACGCAUUAAGAAGGAAAGAAAUUCCACAAAUUAACUUUUAAAAAGGCUCACCUGUUAAUUGAAAUGCAUUCCAGGUGACUAGCUCAUGAAGCUGGUUGAGAGAAUACCAAGAGAGUGCAAAGCUGUCAUCAAGGCAAAUGCUGGUUACUUUGAAGAAUCUCAAAUAUAAAGUAUAUUUAGAUUUGUUGAACACUUUUUUGCUUACUACAUGAUUCCAUGUGUUAUUUCAUAGUUUUAUGUCUUCACUAUUAUUCUACAAUAUAGAAAACUGUAAAAAUAAAGGAAACCCUGGAAUCAGUAGGUGUGUCCAAAUUGUUGACUGGUACUGUAUAUAUGUAUAUACACACACAUAUAAACUUGUGUGAACCCGACAGUUCAUCCUUCCUCCUGUUCUCUGGUCUGAAAGGCCUCUCUGUCUGUGGCUUUGUGGUUUGGAGUGUUAUUAUGGCUUGGUCACAGAUCCUCUUAGGCUGAAUUACAGUUGAGCCCGUGGAAUGGAAUGAACUAUUGUGUUCUGCUGUUUACUUGAGGCCAGGAUCUGUGCACAUAAAUACACAGGAAAAGCAGUAAGAGGUAGGGAGGGAAGGGGGAAAGGAGUGUGAGACUGGGAGGGAGGUAGGGAAACAAAGCAACCAAACCUACAGGGGCUUCAGUCAAAAAUAGAACCAGAGGAAAAAGAUGGAAAAAGACUGAGUCAGGGUUUUGAAAUACAAACUAAACAACAACAACCUCAUAACAGAGAUAGCUUAAGGUAUUACAGUAACAGGCAAUAAUGUUUGAGUCUUUGUUAAUCUAGUCUUACUCACAGUGAUGUGACUGGUUAUGAUAUACAGUGUUUCAGUAGACUUAAUCUGUAAACUGUAGAGCGGGAUGGAAUGAAAGGAAAACGGUUUAUCUGUCACCUUGUUUUACAGUUAAUGGUGUGGAGCUUUGAGGUUUGUGUCAGGAUUUAGAUGUGUCUUAAAGCCCCUGUCCAAAAACCCAACUGCCUCCAACUACUGUGAGGGUUUGACAGUUGAUCAUAAGUCAUACACUGUGGCUCCCUGUAUUUUCUAUCCAGAAUAGUAUGAUAUGAGAGGUAGUUUGUCUACAUUUGCCCUCCAUGGCAUACAAAAGGUAUUGAAUGGAGUGUAAAUGGUUUUAAGUAGCACAAAUAAAGCAAAGCAAGAGAGCAGAGCCAUACUGUACACCACCUGUUUUCUCUAUCAUUCCAUCUAUAGAUCGAUGAUUCAACUGUGAUACAUUUUAGUCCUUUUUUUCAUAGCAUGUUUGAAUGGGUUUUGUAUGAUAACUGUGGAUAUUCUGUAUUAUACGGUAGUAAUCUAUUGUAUGUUUGGGUCUCUGUGGGUUUGGGGAGCAGUUAUCCCACAAUCCAUAGACAUAAACUAUUUUGUCCAAACUUUAAGAUGGGGGCUAGUUCCUGAGUAUUUGGACUUAGUGUUACAGAGUGUGUAACUGCCUGGGUCUUUGGCUGUGGCCCUUUAUGAGUAGAAUGGAGUUGCCACUAGACACUAAUCUAAGGUGAGUUUUGGGUUUCAUCCCUCAUUAAGAUUUGAGAAGGGGCGACUGAUCAUAGAUCCGUGCCUAAGAGCACCUCAGCUCCCUGGACUGUCCACUUUCUGCCUUAAUCUUCCUGUGUACCAUUACUGCCCCCUGCUGUUGAAUGUAGUCACGUACACAUUCAAAUACUACUGAACAUGUUUCUGUUCUGGACUUCAACAAAGCCCUCUGCUUUGUCAUUUAGGGUUUCAUGGCAUACUGUUUAUUGAUAAGAUAUAAUACACCGUUUGGGUUAUCGGCCUACUGGACCCCAUAGAAAGGUCCAGUGUACUACCCUGCAUGUAUGUAUGAAGCCUAUAUCUCACUGUAUACUUCUUUAUCUCCAUGCUAUCCACUCAGUCUUAUACCUGACGCCGUUCAGAAGAACAAAUGUACUUCUUAGUUCCAACUGAAGCCUCUACAUUCAUUUGUAUAAUUUGUCUUGAUGCAAUCUGCUGUGGCAUGAAUGUGAUGAAUACCCUUGUUAAAUCAAAGCUUGUUUUCUACUUAAUCAAAAGAGCCUUGAACACAGCACAUAUUGGAGACUGGAAUUUGGUUCGGUCUCAUGUUUCCAGCACCUGAUCAACACCUUAUCCCCUUGUGGGCUUGAUAGACAGGCUUCUGAGCUGAUGAUAUGAAAUACACAGCUGUCUCUCAACUGAUAUUGGCUUCAUAUGAAUGCGUUUGCAGAACAAUGGUAGUGGCUUCAGUGAUGGUGCAAAAAUAAUGAUUGUAAACUAUGGGCCUUGUUCCAAAUGAUAUCCUGAAGUAGUGCACUGUAUAGGGAAUAAGGUAUAAUUUGAGGUGUAAAUGUAACAUUUCAGGACAGUGCAAUGUUACAGAAGAUUCAGAUAUAGAUGCAUUGUGCAAUAAACAUCAUUCUGUCAUAGAUAAUGCCAGCUCUAUGCAUUACAUUUCUAUCUGUAAUACUCUAUGUUGCACUCCAAUGAAUAAACCCCAAGCUUAUCAAUACCAAGCCAUGGCUGCCUGUCAAUACUUAUGAACAAAGGACCAGAUAUACUUUAUGAACUGUAGCCAGGAUCAUUACCAACAGCGAACACACACUGCACCUUAUGUCUUGAUAAAAAAAUAUCUUUAGACACCUAAAAUAAUUUGAUUUGCAGGAACAGUUUUUUUCCUUUCAAUGCAAAACAGCCUCUGCAACAGGGAAUGGAAGAGCCUGACAUUGGUUAGUUGGAGCCUAUUGUGGUCAUGUAAUGGAUACCACUGGAAAAAAAGUCCACAUUGUAGAUAAUUGUUUUUCUAUUUGUAUUUGUCUUUAUUUUGUAUCCUCUGUAGUCCUCUUCAUGUGACUCAAUUAUGUAAUCAUAUUUGUCCAGACCUGUGCUGUGUUCAAUAGUGUAAAUAUCAGUUUGUUAAUAAACAAAUGUUGUACUUUU